CUUUUCUCUGAAUCUCAUAAACCAUUCCGCUCUAUAAAUCAUUCCAUUCAAAUUCAAAUCAACAGAUCUUAUCAUCAUUCUCCUCCUCGAACUGUAAGUAAACCUCAAUUCUUGUAUAUUUUUCCAUUCUCAGCUUCUUUCUCGUCAACUUAGAUCAGAAUUAGAAUCUCCCAUUUAUAGAUUUAUUAUUACUUUUUCUCUAUUUAUCUAUAUAAAUUCAUACCAUACUUUAGAUAUUAGCUUAUAGUCGUAAAUAUAUAUAAAGCCUUAAUUCUUAGUUGUCCUAUAUUGUUUCAAUUUCUGGGGUGUGGCUAUUUGAUCAUACACCAAUGACUACUGGUAGCUAUAUUGGAAUCUCUACCAUGAAACCUUGUUGUAGAAUCCUAGGUAGCUACAAAAGCUCAUCGCUUUUUGGAUUUUCUCCAACCAAGUUUAAGGAUUCAUCAUCAAUCAUGGGAAUCAUGACUAAAUCAUGUCAUCCCAAAUCAUGUCAUCGUCAUAGAUACCAUACCUGUAAUAGUGAUACUCAGAUUGUAGGGUACAUAAGUGUGAUCAAUCCGAAUCGGAGAGAUUUUAGCGUCUCCGAUCCGAAUUGGGGUCUUUCUAGGAGUUUUAGCACUAGAUUCUGUGUCAAUAUUGGUAGUAUUAGGCCUAGGGUUCUCUCAAUGAUACCGAAUGUAGCUUCGGAUUUUAGAAACCAGUCUACGUCGGUUGAUUCUCAUUCUAAUGACACAAGCUUUGAGAAGAUUUACAUUCAAAGUGGCUUGAAUACGAAGCCCUUGGUGAUACAAAAAAUUGAGACUGAUCAGAGUGAAUUGGAAGAAGUCACUGAAGAAACAAGUGAUGGAUCAAAUAUAAAUAUACAUAGUUUCAAGGAUUUGAGUGACAAUAAGGUUAAGAAGGAGUUGUCUGAGAUUGAAAAGGAAGCUUGGAAGUUGCUUCAUGGUGCUGUUGUCACUUACUGUGGGAAUCCGGUUGGGACUGAAUUAUGAUCAAGUCUUUCUCCGUGAUUUCGUUCCAUCGGCACUUGCCUUUCUGCUCAAUGGCGAAGGAGAAAUUGUCAAGAAUUUUCUACUUCACACAUUGCAAUUGCAGAGUUGGGAGAAGACUGUCGACUGCUACAGCCCAGGGCAAGGGUUGAUGCCAGCAAGCUUCAAAGUUAGAACUGUGCCUCUUGAUGGAAGCAAUGAAGCAUUUGAGGAAAUUCUGGAUCCUGAUUUUGGCGAAUCAGCUAUUGGCCGUGUUGCACCUGUUGAUUCAGGAUUAUGGUGGAUUAUAUUGUUGAGAGCUUAUGGGAAGCUAACGGGUGAUUAUGCAUUGCAAGAAAGAGUGGAUGUACAGACAGGGAUAAGAUUGAUCCUUAAGUUAUGUCUAACUGAUGGAUUUGAUAUGUUUCCUUCGCUGUUAGUUACUGAUGGUUCCUGCAUGAUUGAUAGAAGAAUGGGAAUUCAUGGUCACCCUCUAGAGAUCCAGGCAUUAUUUUAUUCAGCUUUGCGCUGCGCUCGUGAGAUCUUGAUAGUCAAUGAUUCUACCAAGAAUCUAGUGGCAGCCGUUAAUAAUCGCCUGAGUGCACUCUCCUUCCACAUGCGAGAAUAUUACUGGGUAGAUAUGAAGAAGAUUAACGAAAUUUAUCGCUACAAGACAGAGGAGUAUUCUACCGAUGCUGUCAACAAGUUUAACAUCUAUCCAGAGCAAAUUCCUGCAUGGUUAGUUGACUGGAUAUCCGACGAAGGAGGAUACUUCAUUGGCAACUUGCAGCCUGCUCAUAUGGACUUUAGGUUUUUCACUCUCGGAAACCUGUGGACUAUUGUUUCGUCUCUAGGAACAUCGAAACAGAACCAAGGCAUUUUGAAUUUAAUAGAGGCUAAAUGGGAUGAUCUUGUUGGCCAGAUGCCUCUUAAGAUAUGUUAUCCAGCACUGGAAGGCGAGGAAUGGCGCAUCAUCACCGGUAGUGACCCCAAGAACACCCCAUGGUCGUAUCACAAUGGUGGAUCUUGGCCAACACUUCUCUGGCAGUUCACAUUGGCAUGUAUCAAGAUGGGAAGGCCUGAUUUGGCCCAGAAGGCUGUUGAUUUAGCCGAGAAGAGGAUUUCGGUGGACAGAUGGCCGGAGUAUUAUGAUACUCGAAACGGAAAGUUCAUUGGCAAACAAUCUCGGCUGAUGCAAACGUGGACCAUCGCCGGUUUCCUGACCUCAAAGAUGCUCCUAGAGAAUCCAGAGAAGGCAUCCUUCUUGUUCUGGGAGGAGGAUUUUGAACUCCUUCAGAACUGUGUCUGUAUGCUGAACAAAUCUGGUAGAAGGAAGUGUUCCCGCUUUGCCUCAAGAUCUCAGAUUCUUGUUUAAUGAGGAAAAUAAACUCCUCCUUUAAUUUGUAUGUUGUUCUGUAACAACGGCUAACUGUAUUACCUAAUUAUGUUGUAUCAUUAGGGUUAACUGACUAACUCCAUGUAGCACUAUUGAGACUUGAACUGCAUGUGACUAUGUACUUCUUUUCCUGUUAGCCUAUAUUUUAAUUUAAAUUCUUUUAAAAAUUUCUAUCCA